UACAACGGCAAACAGUUGAACCAUCCAUUUGGGAUUUCUCACUACCGGAACUCCAUCUUCUGGACGGAGUACAUGAACGCUUCUGUCUUCCAGCUGGAUCUAACCUCUGGGGACGUUACUCUACUGAGAAGCGAGAGGCCUCCUCUCUUUGGCCUGCGUGUUUACGAUGCUCAGAGUCAGCAAGGUGACAACGCAUGCAGAGUGAAUUAUGGGGGAUGCGGUACCCUCUGCCUUGCUAUCCCAGGGGGCCGAGUGUGUGCCUGUGCUGACAACCAGCUCCUGGAGAAGAACAAUGUCACCUGCUUAGUGUCAUCAGGGGUGGUGGAGCCACAGCUCUGUAAGAGCGAUGAGUUUCAGUGUCGUAACCAUCGCUGUAUCCGUGUGUCAUGGAAGUGUGACGGAGAUGAUGACUGUCUGGAUGGAAGUGACGAGGAGCCCCAUAACUGCUCCAACCACAGUUGUCCCAUAGACCAAUUCAAGUGCCUCAACAAUCGCUGCAUCCCUAAGAGAUGGCUAUGUGAUGGAACUAAUGACUGUGGGAACAAUGAGGAUGAGUCCAACACCACAUGUUCAGCCCAGGCCUGUCAGCCCAACCAGUUCUCCUGUCGGAAUGGACGCUGUAUCCCCCAGGCUUGGCGCUGCGACCGGGACGACGACUGCGGGGACAUGUCCGAUGAGACUUACUCCUGUGCAUUCCCGACCUGUGAGCCCCUCACCCAGUUCAGCUGUUCCAAUGGGAGAUGCAUCAGUGUUAAGUGGCAUUGUGAUUCAGAUGAUGACUGUGGAGAUGGUAGUGACGAGGUGGGUUGUGUCCACUCCUGUUCCAACACCCAGUUCCAGUGCUCCAGUGGGAGGUGUAUCCCAGACCACUGGGCCUGCGAUGGGGACAACGACUGUGGGGACUUCAGCGACGAGAACAAUACUUGUGGAGGAGAUGGAGCUGCGUUGCCUCCUGUGAUGGAGUGCAGUAGGGAUGAGUUCCACUGUACGGCAGACGGGACAUGUAUCCCAGAGCGCUGGAGAUGUGAUGGGGACAAAGACUGCGAGGACGGGAGUGACGAGGUGGCCUGUGAGGGCACCAAGAGGAUGUGCGACCCCAAGGCCAAGUUCACCUGCAAAGACACAGGAAAGUGCAUCACCAAGAGCUGGGUGUGUGAUGGAGAUAUCGACUGUGAGGAUCGUUCCGAUGAGGAGUCCUGUGAGGCAGCUGUCUGUAAGCCUCCAAAAUACCCCUGUGCCAAUGACACCUCCACUUGCCUACCACCAGAGAAGAUCUGCAACAGCAAGCCGGACUGUGCCGACCAGUCUGACGAAGGGCCUUUCUGUGAUAAGUGUUUGGUGGCCAAGGGUGGCUGCAGCCAUCAGUGCACAGUGGUACCAGGGACAGGUGUGGUCUGCUCCUGCCCGGCAGGGCUCCAACUGGACUCUAACAACAGGACGUGUGAGGCAGUGGACUACUGCAGUAGACAUCUGAAGUGCAGCCAGGUGUGUGAGCAGUACAAGACCACCGUCAAGUGCUCCUGCUACCCAGGCUGGAGGCUGGGCCCCGAUGGGGACAGCUGCCACAGCACAGAUCCCUUUGAGGCUUUCAUCAUCUUCUCUAUCCGGCAUGAGAUAAGACGGAUAGACCUUCACAAGCGGGACUACAGCCUGCUGGUGCCAGGGCUCCGGAACACCAUUGCGCUUGACUUCCACUUUAAUCGCAGCCUGCUUUACUGGACAGAUGUGGUAGAGGAUAAGAUCUACAGAGGACGCCUCUCAGACUCUGGAGGUGUGACAGGGAUUGAGGUGGUUGUGCAGCAUGGGCUGGCCACUCCAGAGGGGUUGGCGGUGGACUGGAUAGCAGGGAACCUGUACUGGAUCGACAGUAACCUGGACCAGAUUGAGGUGGCCAGGCUGAAUGGAGAGAUGAGGACCACACUGAUAGCUGGAGGGAUGGAGCAUCCACGGGCCAUCGCUCUGGACCCAGGACAAGGAAUCCUGUUCUGGACAGACUGGGACGCUACCUUCCCCCGUAUCGAGGCUGCUUCAAUGAGCGGCGGAGGACGACACAUAGUGUUCAAGGACAUGGAGCUAGGAGCCUGGCCCAAUGGACUAACUCUGGAUCAUCUGGAGAAGAGAAUCGUGUGGACGGACGCUCGCUCUGAUGCCAUCUACUCUGCACUGUACGAUGGCAGUGGGGUCAUAGAGAUCCUAAGGGGACAUGAGUACCUGUCACACCCCUUCGCCGUGUCCCUGUUUGGAGGCAGUGUCUACUGGACAGACUGGAGGACCAACACGCUGGCCAGUGCCAACAAGUGGACGGGCCGUAACGUCACAGUGAUCCAGAAGACCAGCGCUCAGCCCUUUGACCUGCAGAUCUUCCACCCUAGCAGACAGCCACAAGCGUCUAACCCAUGUGAAGAGAAUGAUGGGCGUGGCCCGUGCUCACACAUGUGUCUCAUCAAUUACAACCGUACUGCGUCCUGCACCUGUCCACACCUCAUGAAGCUUUCCCCCAACAAACAAUCUUGCUUCGUGUUGAAAAGAUUCCUCCUGUACGUCAGGCGGUCAGAGAUCCGUGGGGUGGAUAUUGACAACCCUUACAUGAACGUCAUGACAGCACUGACCAUCCCAGACAUCGAUGACGUCACAGUUGUGGAUUACAAUGCCCAGGAGGAGAGGAUCUACUGGGCGGAUGUGAAAACACAGACCAUCAAACGGGCCUUCAUCAACGGCACCCGGCUGGAGACUGUCAUCUCUGGAGAUAUACUAAACUGCCGUGGGCUGGCUCUAGAUUGGCUCUCUAGGAACUUAUACUGGCUCAGCUCAGAGAAUGACGAGUCUCAAAUCAAUGUCGCCCGCCUGGAUGGGUCCCUGAAGACUUCUGUCAUUCAUGGGAUUGAUAAACCAAGGUGCCUUGUCGUGCACCCCGCCAAGGGGAAAAUCUACUGGACAGAUGGCAACACAAUAAACAUAGCCAACAUGGAUGGGAGCAACAGCAAGGUCCUUCACCAGAACCAACGGGAACCAGUCGGUCUCUCUAUAGACUACACAGCCAACAAGCUGUACUGGAUCAGCUCUGGUAAUGGCACUAUCAACAGGUGCAAUGUGGACGGUAGUGCACUGGAGGUGCUGGAGAGCAUGAAGAGGGAGCUAACCAAAGCCUCGGCCCUGGCUGUUAUGGGUAACAAACUGUGGUGGGCCGACGAUGAUUCAGCCCAUCUGGGGACAGUGAACAAGAGAGACGGACGGAAUCCUGUGGUUCUGAGGAAUAAGACUAGCGGAGUGGUUCACAUGAAGGUCUACGACAGGGAGGGACAGAGAGGAAGGAACCCGUGUCAGGUGAACAAUGGAGGCUGCUCCCAGCUCUGCUUCCCCACGUCAGAGAACACCCGUAGCUGCUCCUGUACUGUGGGCUACAGCCUGCGCACCGACCGCAUGUCCUGUGAGGGCAUUGAGUCAUUUCUGAUGUACUCCAUCCAUGAGGGGAUCAGAGGGAUCGCCUUGGACCCCAAUGACAACAUGGAGGCUCUGAUGCCCAUCACUGGGACCCUGUUCGCUGUGGGGGUGGACUUCCAUGCAGGUAAUGACACAGUGUACUGGACAGACAUGGGCCUGAACACAAUCUCCAGAGCCAAGAGGGAUCAGACCUGGAGGGAGGACAUCAUUACCACGGGCAUCAGCAGGGUAGAGGGCAUCGCAGUGGACUGGAUUGCUGGUAACCUUUACUGGACAGACCAUGGUUUCAACCUCAUAGAGAUUGCCCGUCUUAGUGGUGCCUACCGUUCUGUAGUCAUCUCCGAGGGACUCGACCAACCCAGAGCCAUUGCUGUUCAUCCACAGAAAGGGUAUCUGUUCUGGACAGAAUGGGGCCAGAGCCCCUGCAUAGGUCGAGCCCGUCUAGACGGCUCAGAUCAGGUCACCCUGGUCAACUCUGGCAUUGCCUGGCCCAACGGGAUCUCCAUAGACUAUGAGGAAAAUAGAUUAUACUGGUGUGACGCCCGCACCGACAAGAUAGAGAGGAUCAACCUUGAGACGGGUGAGAGCAGGGAGAUUGUACUGUCAGAGGCCAACGUAGACCUCUUCUCCGUGGCCGUGUUCGGAGCUUACAUCUACUGGUCUGACAGAGCUCACUCCAACGGUUCCAUCCGGCGAGGCUUCAAAAGUGAAGCCAGCGAGGCAGUCACCAUGAGAAGUGGUCUCGGGGUCAACCUGAAGGAUGUGACAGUCUUCAAUAGAGGCCGGGAGAAAGGUACCAACCCAUGUGCCAGGAGCAACGGGGGUUGUCAGCAGCUCUGCUUUCACCUGGGCAGCGGGCGUAGGACUUGUUCCUGUGCCCAUGGCCACCUGGCAGAAGACGGCUUUGCCUGCGAGCGCUACGAGGGCUACCUGCUGUACUCUGAGAGAACCAUACUGAAGAGUAUCCACCUCUCAGACGAGAGCGACCUCAACUCACCCGUCCAGGCCUUUGAGAGGCCCGCCUACUUCAAGAACGUUAUAGCGCUGACCUUUGAUUACCGCCAGAAAACCGCUGGAGGGACCAAUCGCAUCUUCUUCAGCGACAUCCAUUUUGGGAAUAUCCAGAAGAUUAAUGACGACUGGACAGGACGAAUGAUCAUAGCCGAAAAUGUGGGUUCAGUGGAGGGGUUGGCGUACCAUCGUGCCUGGGACACUCUGUACUGGACCAGCUCUACCACCUCCAGCAUCACCAGGCACAGCGUGGACCAAAGCCGUCCCGGUUCCUUCAGCAGAGAGGCUGUGGUCACACUCUCUGAAGAUGACCACCCCCAUGUCCUCUCCCUGGAUGAGUGCCAAAACCUGAUGUUUUGGACUAACUGGAACGAGCAGCGUCCCAGUAUUAUGAGGUCCACCCUGGCUGGAAACAACAUGAAGGUGAUCGUCAGCACAGACAUCCUCACUCCUAACGGACUCACCAUCGACCACAAGGCUGAGAAGAUCUACUUCUCUGAUGGAAGUCUGGGGAAGAUAGAGAGGUGUGAUUACGACGGCUCACACAGAUAUGUCAUUGUGAAGUCAGGACCAGGAACGUUCUUUGGCCUGGCUAUUUAUGGGGAGUUUAUCUUUUGGUCAGACUGGGCUCGCAGGGCCGUGCUGCGAUCCAACAAGUACACAGGUGGAGACACAAAGGUACUGCGAUCAGACAUCCCCCACCAGCCCAUGGGAAUCAUCGCUGUAGCAAACGACACCAACAGCUGUGAGCUGUCCCCAUGUAGAGUCAAUAACGGUGGCUGUGGUGACCUGUGUCUGUUGACCCCAGAUGGAAGAGUCAACUGUAGUUGUCGGGGAGCACGUGUCUUAUUAGAUGACAACAAAUGCAUUUCCGAGAAUUCCUCCUGCAACAUCCACACAGAGUUUGAAUGCGGAAAUGGCGAGUGCAUCAACUAUAAGUUCACGUGUGAUGGAGUAGCUAACUGCAAAGACAAGUCAGAUGAGAAAAUGCAAUACUGUGACAACAGGAACUGUAGGAGAGGCUUCAGGGCGUGCUACAACCAGCGCUGUGUGGCCAACAGUCGUUUUUGCGACGGGGUCGAUGACUGUGGGGAUAACUCAGACGAGGCCUUCUGUAACAAUGUCACGUGUGUGUCGUCUGAAUCAUGCUGCCAGGAUGGGAGCUGUAUCACCAGCUCAGCCUGGUGUAACCAGGUCAUUGACUGUGCUGAUGCCUCAGAUGAAAAGAACUGCAACCACACAGACUGCUCUGACUUCUACAAACUGGGAGUAAAAGAGAGAGUCUUCAUUAGCUGUAACUCCACCUCACUGUGUAUCCACCCCUCCUGGAUCUGUGAUGGAGCCAACGACUGUGGAGAUUACGCAGAUGAGACCAACUGCCAGGUUUCCCAUGGGCAGAAGUGUGAAGAUGGCCACUUCGCCUGCCCCAGCGGUAACUGCAUCUCCAGUGUUUGGCUGUGUGAUGGACAGAAGGACUGUGAGGACGGAGCAGAUGAAUUUCAGUGUGACUCCUCUUGCCUGUGGAACCAGUUUGCCUGCUCUAAGAACAAGUGCAUCGCGAAGCAGUGGCUGUGUGAUGGAGAGAACGACUGUGAGGACGGACUGGAUGAGAGUGUGCAGAUCUGUGGUUUGGUGACGUGUGCUCCAGGGCUAUUCAGCUGCCCUGGGUCCUACGCCUGUGUCCCCAAACGCUGGCUCUGUGACGGGGAGAGAGACUGUCCUGAUGGCAGCGACGAACUGGCUGCAGCUGGAUGUGCACCCAACAACACAUGUGAUGACAACUCCUUCCGUUGCCACAACAAAGCCUGCGUCCCCCCGCGUUUUGUCUGUGAUCAUGACGACGACUGUGGUGAUGGAUCUGACGAGUCACUUGAAUGUGGCAAUCUGUGCAACGGUUCCUUCUUCAUGUGUUCCAAUGGACGCUGCAUCUCUGAAGGGAGUCUGUGUGACAAGAAAGACGACUGUGGAGACAUGUCCGAUGAGAAGAACUGCAACGUGAACGAGUGUCUGAAUCGCAGAGUCAGUGGCUGCACACAGGACUGUCAGGAACUUCCUGUUGGAUACAAGUGCAAGUGUUGGACUGGAUUCCAGCUGAAGGAUGAUGGGAAAACCUGUGUGGACGUUGAUGAAUGUUCCUCCAGCCUGCCCUGCAGCCAGCGUUGCAUCAACACCUAUGGAUCAUUCAAGUGUCUGUGUGUGGACGGCUACGAAGCCCUGGAGCGCAGCCCCAACACCUGCAAGGCUCUCUCAGUGGAGGAACCUUUUCUCAUACUGGCAGAUCAUCAUGAAAUCAGGAAACUAAGUGUGGAUGGAUCAAACUACACCAUUUUGAAACAGGGCCUGAACAACAUCAUCCACAUAGACUUUGACUACAAGAAGGAGUUCAUCUAUUGGAUAGACUCUUCCAGACCCAGCGGACGGAGGAUCAACAGAAUGAGACUCAAUGGGAGUGACCUUAAGAUAGUCCAUCGGACGGCCGUCCCCAGUGCGCUGGCCCUGGACUGGAUAGGGAAGAACCUGUACUGGUGUGACAUCGAGAGGAAGAGCCUGGAGGUGUCUAAGGCUAAUGGACUGUACCCCUCUGUCCUGGUCAGCACUGGUAUCAGGAACCCCACUGACCUGGCCUUGGAUCCACAGUCAGGAUAUGUGUUCUGGGUGGACUGCUGUGAGUCCCCUUAUAUUGGUCGUGUGGGCAUGGAUGGCCGUGGGCAGGUCGUUAUCAUCGACAAGGAGAUCUACAGCCCCACUGCCCUCACUAUAGAUUACACCAACAAGAGGCUGUACUGGGCUGACGACAACCACAUUCUGUUUGCCAACAUGGACGGCUCACAGAGACACAAAGUGUCCUACGACCACAUCCAAGGGGUGAUGGGUCUGACACUGUUUGAGGACUUUGUCUACUGGACGGAUGGGAAAUCCAAGUCACUCCGAAGGGCACAUAAAACAACUGGGGCCCAGGGGAUAGAGCUGCUCAACUCCUGGCAAGCCAUCAAGUCUGUCAAGAUUUACCAUUCACUACGCCAACCUGAAGUGCCCAAGCACCAGUGUCAGGUGGCCAAUGGAGGAUGCAGCCACUUGUGUCUCCUCUCCCCCAGCGGGGAACACAAGUGUGCUUGUCCAACUAAUUUCUACCUCGCAGCUGACAAUAAGACCUGCCUCUCCAACUGCACUGCAAGUCAGUUCCGCUGCGGGACAGAUGAGUGUAUUCCUUUCUGGUGGAAGUGUGACACUGUGGAUGACUGUGGCGAUGGAUCAGACGAGCCUGCUGACUGUCCUGAAUUCAAAUGUCAGCCCGGGCGGUUCCAGUGUGGCACUGGCCUCUGUGCUCUACCUCCCUUCAUCUGUGAUGGGGAGAACGACUGUGGAGACAACUCAGACGAGGCCAACUGUGAGACGUACAUCUGUCUGUCAGGGCAGUUCAAAUGCACCCGGAAACAGAAGUGUAUCCCUCUAAACCUCCGCUGCAACGGACAGGAUGACUGUGGCGACGGAGAGGAUGAGACAGACUGUCCGGAGAGCACCUGUUCCCCGGAUCAGUUCCAGUGUAAGGCCUCCAUGCACUGCAUCUCCAAGCUGUGGGUGUGUGAUGAGGACCCAGACUGCACGGACGGGUCAGACGAGGCUAAUUGUGAUGAAAAGACCUGCGGACCUCAUGAAUUCCGCUGUGAGAAUAACAACUGCAUUCCAGACCACUGGAGGUGUGACAGCCAGAACGACUGUGGAGACAAUUCAGAUGAGCAGAACUGCAAGCCAUUGACCUGUAACCACAAGGACUUUGCCUGUGCUAACGGGGACUGCAUCUCCGCCCGAUUCCGUUGCGAUGGAGACUAUGAUUGCCCUGAUAAUUCAGACGAGAAGGGCUGUGAGGCUCGGUGUGCUGAGGACCAGUUCCAGUGUCUCAAUAACCUCUGCAUCUCCCUCAAGUGGCUCUGUGACGGCCAAGAGGACUGCAAGACAGGAGAGGAUGAGAGGAACUGCCAGGGAACAGUGCUCCCCUCCUGCUCCCUAAAUGAGUAUGUGUGUGCCAGUGGAGGCUGUGUCUUGGCCAGUCUGAGAUGUGAUGGACAGGACAACUGUCUGGACGGGUCAGAUGAGGUGGGCUGUGUGAAGGAGUGCAAGGAAGACGAGUUCCUGUGUCUGAACCACGCCCACUGUAUCCCACGGAGAUGGCGCUGUGACGACAUGUUUGACUGUGUGGACCAUAGUGACGAGGAGAACUGCAGUCAAGGCAUCAUCUUCUGCCGUCCCGAUGAGUUCAUUUGCAACAACACCUUGUGCAAGCUUCACGCAUGGGUGUGUGAUGGCAAGGACGACUGUGGAGACAACUCAGAUGAGGACACAGAGAUGUGUGCCAAACUUCCUUGUCCUUCCACACGGCCACACCGAUGCAGAAAUGACCGUGUGUGUCUGCGCCCUGACCAAGUGUGUAACAAGGUGGAUGACUGUGGGGAUAACUCGGAUGAGGAGGAAUGUGCAGAGGUGGUGUCUGGCAGACCCAGGCCGUGUGGGAAGGCAGAGUUCACCUGCAGUACCCAGCGCUGCAUCCCAGCCCAGCUGCAGUGUGACCUCUUCAAUGACUGUGGGGACGGGGGCUCGGACGAGCAGGACUGCAAGGCCUGUGCGUUUUCCCAUGGAGACGUAUGUGGAAAGAAGUCAAACCCAUGUGGGGAGGAUGCAAUUUGCAAUCAGACAAACACAAGUUCAAUAUGUCAUUGCAAAUCUGGCUUUAGGAGAAAUCUAAAGACUGGCCAGUGUGAAGAAAUCAAUGAGUGUCUUGGGUUUGACAUGUGUGCUCACUAUUGUACAAACACUAAAGGAUCCUUCAAGUGUACUUGUGACAGGAAUUUUAAGGAAAUCAAUGGAAACUGUAUAGUAAAAGGACCAGAAGAUCGAGUGCUCUACAUAGCUAAUGACACUGAAAUCCGAAGUUUUGUGUAUCCAUUUAACCAGAGCCAUGGACACAAAUUCCUCACUCGCAUCGAGGACAAUGCCCGCAUUAUUGGGAUGGAUGCUCUGUUACACCAACAAAAGUUUAUCUGGGCUACACAGUUUAACCCUGGUGGGCUUUUUUACAAAGAAAUCCUAGACAAGAGUCAAAGUAAAACUCAUGUCGGAAACAUAUGUUCAGACUUCCGUAGACCGAGAGAUGUGUCUGCUGACUGGAUUACAGGAAAUAUCUAUUGGACAGACCACUCUCGGAUGCACUGGUUCAGCUAUUACACAGCCCACUGGACUAAGCUCAGAUACUCUAUAAACGUGGGCCAGCUCAGAGGGCCAAAUUGCACCCGUCUGAUAACUGACAUUGCAGGAGAGCCGUACGCCAUUGCUGUCAACCCAGCCCGAGGGAUGAUGUAUUGGACAGUAAUAGGUGAUCAUUCUCAUAUUGAGGAGUCGGCUAUGGAUGGGUCCAUGCGUAGGAUCCUCUUGGAGAAGAACCUCAGGAGACCUACAGGUCUGGCCAUCGAUUACUUUAACCAACGUUUGUAUUGGGCUGAUCCUGAGCUCUCCGAGAUAGGCAGUGUGAGAUUGGAUGGGUCGGACCCUCUGGUGGCAAUCAGGGACAGACACGGAAUAUCCCAGCCAUACAGGAUUGACAUAUUUGAAGACUACAUCUACGGGACUGGGCUGAAACACGAGGUCUUCAAAGUUCACAAGUAUGGCAAACAGCCUGUAGAGUUUCUCCACUUGGGUCUCGAGAAAACGACCAAUGUCAUGAUCUCCCACCGAUACAAGCAGCAAGAUGCGGUGAACCCAUGCCUGAGAAUGAACUGUGACUUCAUGUGUCUACUGAACCCAAAGGGUGCCACCUGCACCUGUCCAGAAGGGAAGGUACUGGUCAACGGCUCCUGCAGUGAUGUCAACAUCUCAGGCGAGCUGUGCCGGCCACCGUGUGAGAACGGCGGGCGCUGCCUGGCCAAUGAGAAGGGCGACUGGCGCUGCUACUGCUGGCCUGACUUCUCUGGAGAACGCUGUGAGGUCAACCACUGCACCGACUACUGCCUCAACGGAGGCACCUGCAUGGGCUCACCCCUGGGGAAGCCGACAUGUCGGUGCCCUGUAGGGUUUACAGGUCCGUUCUGUGAGAAGCGGGUGUGUGAUUACUACUGUCUGAAUGGUGGUACCUGUGAUGUCAGCCUAGGGAACCAGCCGGUGUGCCGCUGCAUGGCAGAGUAUACUGGAGACCGCUGUCUGUACCACAUCUGCCAUCACUACUGUGUGAACUCCAAGGCCUGUACGUUGUCCAGUAGUGGCCAUGUAGAGUGUGUGUGUCCGGCCAAAUACGAGGGCAACAAGUGUGAGGUGGACAAGUGCCUGAGGUGCCACGGAGCACCUUGCCUCGUCAACGAUGACACAGGAGAUGUGGUCUGCAACUGUACUAAUGGCAGGAUGGCACCCAGUUGUCAGCUAUGUGACGGCUACUGUUACAACGGAGGUACCUGUCACCUGGACCCUGACACCAACCUGCCCUUCUGUCACUGCACGUCAGGGUUCAAGAACCAACGUUGUGAUGAGCUGGCCAACCCAUGUGAUUACUUCUGUCAGAAUGAGGGGAUGUGCACUAUCACUGCCCUUAACAAACCACGCUGCAAGUGCUCAGCCAAUUGGGCAGGGACACAGUGUGAAAGGCCCGCCCCCAAAAGCAGCAGAUUGGACAACACCAGUGGAAGGAGCAUAGCCAUCAUCGUGCCUCUGGUCCUGCUGGUGAUCUUGAUCACAACGGUGGUGGCGGGCGUUUUCAUCUGCAAACGAAGGCAGAGGGGGAAGCGGGUGACAAGGCAGCCCAUGACGAAUGGAGGGAUAAACGUGGAGAUAGGAAACCCUUCCUACAACAUGUAUGAGGUCGACCACGACAACCAUGCAGAUGCUGGCAGUCUUCUGCGACCAAACUUUACACUGGACCCUCAUAAGGGCUGGUGUGUGAAGUCCAGUGACCCUGGCACCCUGGGCAUACAUACUGUGCCCAAGGAGGUGAUACCUGGACAGCCCAUUAACUACUCCAACCCAGUGUAUGCAAAGAUCUACCUUGACGGACAGAACUGUCGGAAACCGGUCAUCAACAUAGACGAGAGGAGAGAGCUACUCCCAAAGAAACUAGAGGGGACAAUUCGCGAAACCGCUGCAUAGCCUAACUUUACACUUUCUACUCCUUUUAUAAGACAGUGUACAAAUGUAUAAAAACAAGAGGAAAAUAAGAUUUUUCUAUUUCCUAUCAGGCUCCGAUCCUGACGGUUAGGUUUGUUGGUUUUUAGCAUCAGCAUUACCUCCUCAUUUGUGUGCUGAACACUUUUAUUUCCAUUUUUUUAGUUUCCGUUGUUUACUUUGUUUCUUGAACAAUUGUUAUACAGCACUAUAUAGUAUAUACUGUAUGACACUGAAGUAAAGCUGCUGACUUGCAAAAUACCUUAUUAACACCAGAACUCUUCUGUUGUAAAGAAACGUUAAGAUCGAUACAUUACUUAUUUCUGUACCUGUACAUGUCUUUCUCUUGUUAAAGUGGAACCAACAACUUGUUAUUCUGGUGCAGUAUACAGUACUAAAGCAGGUCUCGAUUUUUCCUUUCUGAACAAAUAUCUCAUCUUUUAAAAACAAUAGUUUGAGGUUGGUCAAGUUAUGAUUGCUAUGAUUUCCAAUGUCAUUACUUUCCUCAGAACAAAAACUGUUCUUCACAAAAACAUGUUAUCAUUUCAUGGCUUCAUACAUGAGCAGUGAAGCUUGUUUUCGGUCUGUGUUUGUAUCGUUUGAUUCAGCCAUGAUGGAUACAAUCCAGCAAUGGCCAAGGUUAGUUUUAAGAUAGUCCUUUUCCGUUUACCUUCUAAUUCAAUACUCUACAGUGUUAUAGCAUCAUGUUCAUGUAAUAAUUUCAAACAUAUAUUUGCUCUGCUACAAAUGGAAGAUAUUUUACUGAGGGGUCUGAAAUGUAUACUCCAUCUAAGAAAUUAUGUUUGGAUCACAGAGAUGAUUGAAGCUUAACAAGAAUGUUCUGAGAAUAGUCACAGAUAUACACAGACAUAGACGUCCAUAUUUUUUUAGGUCUCUUGUCCCAACAUCUAUCUACGUUAUGGCAAAAUGAUUUAAACACAGAAAAGGAUUUAACACAACUUUACGGCUACAAAGUGACUUUAGAGAAUUAUAAAAAUACUUUCUGUUACUUUCAGAAAAGGAAAGAUGAUAGAUAUAACACAUUUUAUAAUUUUGUAUUUGAUUUGUAUGUUGUUUGGCUGCUUGUAUUUUGAAGAAAUGUAUUAAAUGUAAGUACUUUUAUAUAAAAUGUAAAUCAAUAUAAAAUAAA